AUGUUGAUCUGGCUUGGUGUGUACGUCGCCGUCGCGGCCGCGGCGCUCAUCAAGACCAACGCGACCGACCCGGCGCCGUGGAAUACUGUUCUUGGCGUCACCAGCGGCGUCAAGGUCUAUUCGAACUUCAACGCGACUUCGUACGACAACGAAAACUACUACCCCGAGGGCACGACAUGGCAGAACGGCACGUACACGGGGCUCCAGUGGCAGUGUGUUGAGCUCGCACGACGCUACCUGCUCGUCACGGAGGGGGUCGUGUUCGAGUCGGUCGACGACGCGGUCGAGAUCUUUAGCCUCCGCACCGUCAAGAACAUCACCAACAAGGACCGGCUCCCGCUCUACGUGUACCCUCAAGGCUCUUCGACCCCACCGCAAGUGGGAUCGUUGGUCAUUUGGGACCGCCAAGGCGUGUACUCCCCGUUUGGUCACGUCGCCGUUGUCGUGAACGUCCAGAACACAUACAUUGACGUCGCGGAGCAAAACUUGGAAGACACGGUGUGGCCGGCGUCGGCGUACUACUCGCGGCGAAUUCCAGUCUCGUUCACGCCGUCGGCAUUCAACGUCAAGCCGUACUACAACCUUCCAAACGAGACCGAGAAUGUCCUCGGGUGGGCAACAUUCAACCCUCGUCAUAGUUGUUAAGCUCCAUAUACGUCGUUG